CGCCGCCUCGCCGCGACACCGCGUCCCCGCCGUCUCGACCCCGUCCGCAAUCUUGAGGGUAAACAUGGCGAGGCUGGUGUCGACUUCCCUCGUCAGGGGGCUCGUGCGAUCGUGCCGCGCGUCCAGCACCGCGACUGUGACACGACCAACUUUCCAACAGCUCAUGCCCUACUCAUCAGCACCCAGUGGUGAUUCUAACGUGAGUGAUGGCACAAGUACAACACGAGUAGCUGCUGAUCCUGAUACACAUCAAGAUUUCCAGCCUACAAGCAAAGGUUCUGGCGUGUCUUUGCAUGACAUCGUUGCUCAGGAUAUCAAGGAAAAUCCAGUCUUGAUCUACAUGAAGGGUUAUCCUGAUGCUCCCAGGUGUGGAUUCAGUGCACUAGCAGUGAAGGUCCUCCAGCAAUACGGUGUCUCUAUCAGUGCUAGAGAUAUUCUGAGUAAUAUGAAGCUCAAGGAGAGUGUCAAAGCUCACACUAACUGGCCUACAUUUCCCCAAAUAUUUAUCAAAGGAGAGUUCGUUGGCGGAUCUGAUAUCAUAUUAAACAUGCACCAGAAAGGUGAACUUAAGGAUCUACUCGGUGAUAUCAAUGCACAAAAGGGCGAGCAAGACAGUACCCCGUGAAACAAGCCACAGUGUCAGCAUUAGCUUGGAGAUGGGAGCUCUCUGUUGUUUCUGAGCAGCAUUAGCAAGGAUGAAUAUCCGUCGGUUCCAAGAGCAUGAAAGUUUUUAUUUCAUGAUAAAUAAAUGCAACUUCUCAAAACUGUUUUUUUGUGUGUACGUUGUAAUUUCUAGUCAUGUGUUCUCAGUUGGAUUCUACUUUGGGCUUCACUUAGGUUGUGACAAUAAAUGAUUAGGCUGUUUACAUACUUAGAUAUAUGCUCCUGUAUAUCUUGCCAGUUAAUCUUAUUUAUGUUACCGACUUA